AUGUUUCUGCGGAAAUCAUUCAGUUCUGAACCCCAGAUCUUCACAGUGGGUCCUGAUGACAUCACAUCCUCUCCUAUCAGUUACGCUAGAGCGAGGCUGUGUCAACGCAGAGUCCCCAGGGACUGCAGCACAGCACCCAAGUGUGCUGGAUGGCGAGGCCCUCCCUCCACAUUCACCCUCACAGCCCGGCUGCCUGCCUGCCUGCCACGCACCAGUGGGGAAGAUCCCUGCCUAAAGGCCCUGGGAGUUCUUCCCGAGCAGGACGUGACAGGACAUGGCCAACUUCUGCCCACAGGCUGCACCGGCACCCAGGGAUAUGGGUACACAGUGGUGGCCAGGUUCCUCAACAGGAAUGUGAAGCACCCCCAGGAGGGACAGCGGCUGGAGCUGGAGUGCCUCAAUUAUGACAGUGACAGUGGUGUCUCCUGGAUCCGCCUGGACAAGGAUGGGACCCUUCACUUCAUUGCUUAUACUCCCACGUACUCACGGACCACCUUCUUGGGGAAUGAGAAAACAUCCUCAAGAUUUGAAGGGUCAAAACAAGGCAAUUCCUAUCGGCUGGUGGUGAAGUCCUUCAGGGCACAGGACCAGGGGACCUAUUUCUGCGUCACCAACAUCUACCAGGUGCUGCAUUUCAGCACUGGACAACCCGCCUUCUUCCCAGUCAUAACAACAACAGCAGCACCCACCACACCCGCUGCCACCACCCACAGCAGCCAGCUCACCAGCAAGGACAUCUCCCGGCACAGCCCAGGCCCAGGAACAAGCAACGAGAACACACUGAGUUCCUGCUGUAAAUUGAUCCUGUGGGUUAACCUGGCUUGUGCCUGCCUCCUGCUCCUCACUGCCAUAACCAUCACCAUCGUGCUCUGCCAAAGUAAGUCGCACCCUCACACCAAAGAGCACAGCCCGCUCCUCCAGGGGAAGGGGCUCUCUGCCUAUUGCCCUCACGCACCUAUUGCGUAUCCAGGACACAGGCAAUACAAAGGGACGGCUCUUAAAAUUCUUUUCUAGACUUUCCUCAUCUAUAGAUUCAGCUUGAAAAGUAUUUAUCCCAUACUACACUGUGAGACAAUAAUUGAAAACACAGAAACCUGAUUCUACCAGACUACACUGUCUCCACCAUCCUGAAAUACAUAUAUCAUGGCUGGA